UUUAUCGACAAAUCCGCGGUCACACCGAGCUCUAGUCCGCUGCUUCACAAACAAUUGUCAAAAAAAAAGAUAAAUAAAAUCAAAAUAAGUAUAAAUAUAAUAUAUGAAUUACAAAAUUGGUAACUGCACGAAUUGAAAACGGAAAAAGCGACCAAAAAAGACCAGAAAACUAGCCAAAUCGGAGAACAGUAUGAAAAUGGUGUUGUCGCAGCGGCAGCGCGAGGAGCUUAACCAAGCGAUUGCCGAUUAUCUAGGCUCAAAUGGCUACGGCGACUCACUUGAGACCUUUCGCAAGGAGGCCGAUGUCAGCACAGAGUCAGAGAAGAAGUUUGGCGGUCUACUGGAGAAGAAGUGGACAUCGGUCAUACGGUUACAGAAGAAAGUGAUGGAACUUGAGGCUAAGCUUACCGAAGCUGAGAAGGAGGUUAUCGAGGGGGCGCCCACAAAGAACAAACGCACUCCCGGCGAAUGGAUACCUCGCCCACCAGAGAAGUACUCUCUGACUGGUCAUCGAGCCAGCAUAACGAGGGUUAUAUUUCACCCAAUUUUUGGCCUCAUGGUUUCAGCAUCGGAAGAUGCCACCAUUAAGAUUUGGGAUUUUGAAACCGGCGAGUAUGAGCGCAGUCUAAAAGGACAUACCGACUCUGUGCAGGACGUGGCAUUCGAUUCUCAGGGCAAGCUCUUGGCUUCCUGCAGCGCUGACUUGUCCAUUAAGUUGUGGGAUUUCCAGCAGAGCUACGAAUGUGUUAAAACAAUGCAUGGUCACGAUCACAAUGUAUCAUCGGUGGCCUUUGUGCCCGCUGGCGACUAUGUUCUGUCUGCUUCACGUGAUCGAACCAUCAAAAUGUGGGAGGUGGCCACCGGAUACUGCGUGAAGACAUAUACAGGCCAUAGGGAGUGGGUACGAAUGGUGCGAGUGCACAUUGAGGGCAGCAUCUUUGCCACAUGCUCAAAUGAUCACACAAUACGUGUUUGGCUGAUGAAUUCAAAAGACUGCAAGGUUGAAUUACGCGAUCAUGAGCACACCGUGGAGUGCAUUGCCUGGGCUCCGGAAGCCGCAGCAUCAGCGAUAAACGAAGCAGCCGGAGCGGACAACAAGAAAGGUCACCACCAGGGCCCAUUCCUUGCAUCCGGUUCUCGAGAUAAAACUAUACGCAUUUGGGAUGUGAGCGUCGGACUGUGCCUGCUCACGCUGAAUGGCCAUGACAAUUGGGUGCGUGGCUUGGCAUUCCAUCCUGGUGGCAAGUAUUUGGUGUCGGCCAGUGAUGACAAGACCAUCAGGGUCUGGGACUUGCGGAACAAGCGAUGCAUGAAGACGCUCUACGCACAUCAGCAUUUCUGCACCUCCAUAGAUUUUCACAAGGCGCAUCCGUACGUCAUCAGCGGCAGUGUGGAUCAAACAGUUAAGGUCUGGGAGUGUCGUUAAAGCAAAGUUAACUCAGCAAAACUUUUGCUUACUUCUCAAUUUAAACAUAAAGCUAUUAUAAUAAAUCACACACCACACACACAUACAAAAACAACAAAAAAAAAACAGUCUCGGCCACCUCCAGCAAGUUUAUUUUCUAGACGCUUUCAGUGUCAGCGUCCGUGAGCAAAAUGAACAUAGUGUAUUUUAAACCCGAAUGCAAAAUCGCGAAAAGAAUUAUUUAUUUAAUUGUACGCCCUUCUAACUAACUAUGUAACUACCUAUCUACUAUAUAAAAAGUACAUAUACGUUAAUGCCUAUGCAUAUACACCUACGAUUAUUAUUAUCGUUUAAUGUAAUGCUGUCUGGUCGGUCGACCCUUCGCUAAUCCCAAGCAGCGGCUCGCUAAGCAAUACAGGCACACGCUGAAAUUUACGUCUAUACUUGAAUGAUGAAUGGAAACGGAGUAUUGGCAAUUGUACAACCAAAUAUAUUCAUCUGAAAAAUGUUCCAGUAGAUAAAUAUUGAUUUUCCACCCACACACACAAUCAGAAAGAUUAAAUUGAUGUUGUUGAAAGUGUUUAAAGGUUUGCUAAUGAAGCAUAGUAAUGUUAUGCGAAGAGAAGGAAAGUAUUUCAACGAUUUACGAAAACUUUGAAUUUGAAAUUGGAAUUACUUGAUUUAUAUACAAUUUUUACCAUAAAUGAGGUAAUUUUUACGAUAAAACAGUUUGCUUCUUUUCACCGUAUUCACUCUGCUCUGUUUUGAGUUCUUUUUUGAGAGAGAAGGAUCUAACAAAAAACAAAAUCUAUUAAAAUGCUUACAUGUUUAAGUUGGCUUUAAGUUCAAAAUAUGAUUUACGUUUACGGUUUACAUAGUAGAAAAAUGCUGCAAAUUUAUAUUAAUAGUUUUUAUAAGUGCAAACGCAAAUAUAUAUAUAUAUUAAUAUUAUACUAUACAUAUUUAUUUGUGGAAAAUUGAAAAAUUCAUAUACAACCGUGCAAGAGAAACAAAAAGCAGAAAAAAAGAAUACAACUAUGGAUAUAAAGAAAACGAUAUACUGGAAUCAAUAAAAAACUUGCUUCUUUAAGAAACCGAAA